CGUUUCUAAAUGUCAAAGUGUAAGUGGAGAAAACAAUAAUACUGUUUAAUAAAAGUGUUUUUUUCCGCAUUUCCAAUCACAUUAUCACUGCAAGAGCAUGACGGACGACAUCAAGAGGUUCUUCAACGGCCUCCUGCACAAAGUCUCCGGAUUGCAUUGCAUCGCAAUCACGGAUCGGGAUGGAGUGCCUCUCGUGACUGUCACGGGUGAAAGAGUGCCUGAAUUGGCGCUGAAAGCGACAUUCCUGUCCACCUUCACAAAUGCCACGGAUCAAGCUAGCAAACUGGGUUUGGGGAAGAAUAGAAACAUUAUCUGCAUGUACUCCAACUAUCAGAUUGUCCAGAUGAACAAACUCCCUCUUAUUGUGACUUUUAUCGGAAAUCAAAAUUGCAAUGUGGGCCACAUUCUAGCUAUUGAGAAUCAAAUGGACACUUAUCUGGAUGACAUCAAACUUGCUGUUACGGAGUCUUGAUUGAUAAUUACGCUGUAAAUGCGAUUAAAGAAUUUAAAGGCGAA